GUGGCAUGCAGGCAAACACCCCAAACAAACCGAAGCAGAUUUAUUUGUCAAUAAACACAGCGAAUUGAAAUGGAAAGUGAAGUUAUAAAGCCCGGAACGAACGACUCGCGCUGUGUAUUUUUUAACACCCGUUCAGAGGAUCACAGAUGCGUGGUGAUAUUAACAGUAAAAAGAGCCACGGGAACUUUCUCUCUGGCCGGAUGCAUCUUCAUGCUCUUUGUGAUCUGGCUUCUUCGGCGCUACCACUCAUUGGCGCAGAAGAUGAUUCUCAGCUUGACUGUGGCGGCCUUCUUUGACAGCCUAGCAUAUGUCAUGAGUGAGUCCCACCCAGAUGGAACUCUCUGUGACUUCCAGGCCUGGUGGCUAACAUAUUUUGAUUGGAGUGCCUUGGCCUGGGUUUGCCUCAUCACGCUCAACCUGUACUUUAACCUGGUCCGGGAGAUGAGCACAAGCAAAUAUGAAACCGUCUACCAUAUGACGGCGUGGGGCGUGCCCUUGGUCAUGGCCUCCCUGCCUCUGCUCAAAGGUUCCUAUGGCCCUGCAGGACCCUGGUGCUGGAUCACAGACGAUCACGUAGCCUGGAGAUUUGGGAUAUGGUACGUGCCGCUGUUCACUCUCAUCCUGCUGAUGAUCUGCUGCUACGCCAGGAUCAUCUGCGUGGCCAAUAACCGCAUGCAGUCGUGGCUGGGAACGUUCAACCCGGAGCGAGAGAGACGAAAGGUGUCCCUGGCCAAAGAGAUCAAGCCACUGAAGUGGUAUCCAUCUGUUUACCUGCUGGUGUCUAUCUUCCCGCUCAUCAACAGGCUCCAUAAUGCGCUCUACCCGCAGGCUCCUUCCUUCUCCCUCACCCUGUUGCACGUCCUGUCCGCCCCUCUCCACGGCUUGGCCAAUGCUUUUGUCUUUGGCUUGGAUCGGGACUGGUGGAGCCUCCUGAGCCCUACCGGCAUGCAGCUGGCCCUGCAGUCGCGGCUGUGCGACGGGACCCGCAUCGGGGAGUACCACGCCGGCACCGUGCGCUACACCCAAGCCGACCUGGUCGAGCUGAGCGACGACGACGACGAUAAUGACAACACGCUCUUCUACGCGCCGCACAUGACCCUGAAAGACCGAGGGCCCUGAGGGGGAGACAAAGGACGGCAAGGACUGACAAAGAAAAAUGCGGCGGAUUAGAAAGCAGGGAGGGAAAAGAGGGUGGGGAGAGAAUGGAAGGGAAGAUUGGGGGGAAAGUCAGGCAGAUAGAAGCCGGAGAUGAGCUGUCAGGUUCCAUUAUUAAUCCCCAUCCUUUACUAUUUAAUAUCCUAAAGACGCGCACAUGCACAUACUGAGCAGGGCUGCAAUACUACAAGCGGAGCGCUAAAGAUCCUCCUCGUGUUUAAAAAGGCUUCCGCUGCAUCCCGAAGGUCUUAAAACAUUCCUCAUCACUGCCCCCUCGACUCCUUCAAUCUGCACUUUUGGCAUACCACCAAGAUGGAGGAGGAGGGAAAAAAAAAUAAAAGAACCGCUGAAAGGCAAUCAUAACAAGGUGCUAGUUUAGCAUUCAGAGCAAUUACCUUUUCACCUCUCUGCAGGAGAUGAGGAGAAAAGCAGACCUUUUUUAUGUGUGUGGGAAUAUGACCACUCUUCUCUUCACGGAGGAGGUGGUGCUCAGUGGGAAAUAACGUGUGUUAUUGGACAGUAUUUGUCUCUGCCUUUCGUGUAUUGUCGCUUUCUGACGAAAAACACGCGCGUCCAUGCUUUUUUUUUGUUCUUUUUUGGAGAUGCUCGGGUUUUUUUCUUUUGUACAACACGGCAGUAUUAUUGUUUCCCUUGACGCGUGAUAACCCAUGAAAACCACAAACCUCCAUAUUUUGGUGUUUUUUGUUUUUGUAUCAUCCAAGGCGAUGGUUGUCCAUCUGCUUUGUCCGACGUUUUUUUGUGCACAGAACACAGGUGACACUUUUAUUCAGGUCACGAUCUAAUGUUGCGUAAUCAAAGCAGCAGUUGAGAUCUCAACAUGGCCCGAGAAUUGCUUCGCUUUCAUUCAUUGUGAUGAAGUUCCGACAUUUUUUUCUCAUAGAUUUCAUGUCAGAAUCACUCAAAAUUUUUCGGGCAUAUGUUUUUUUCCUGUUGGACAGGGACGUUAGGUGUUUUUGAAAGGUUGUUUUGUGUUCUUUUUGUAUGUAAAAAUGCUAGUGCUCUUUGAUGUACAGUAUUUCUCACAUGUACAUUUUAUAUUGAUAUGGUCGUGACCUGCUGCUCAGCCUUGUGAGCAACAAAAAUAUUUCACACACACACUUUUUUUUCCCCGAAGGUCCAAACAGGUAAAUGAUGGCAGAGGGCUAGCGCUGCUUAGCAACAGUCUCUGACAGUUCAUCAUCUCAUGGCACGUGUCAGUGGCGCCAUGAGAUGUGAUUGGCAGCAUAAUGGUGUCCAUUUAAAUUCAGCCUCGCCCCAUUUCUUCUUCUUGUUUACCAUUUUUUUUCAGCAGCUCGUGUGAAGUGACCGCUGUCAGUGGCCUCUCUUGACAAGUUGAACUAAUGACCUGACACUUGACCUCCCUUUUUACCCCCCUAGAGCUGUUGAACUUUCCCGCCGGGUGUCAGUGACACCACAGUGCGACUGAGUUAGCACUUUAACGGAGCUUUGCCACCAUCUUACACAAACACACACACACACACACACAGACUCGCAUCCCUUCCCUUAUUUUUGGCAGCGUCGCUGGUUUGACUUGACUUGCACUCCAUCAAAUAAAUGAGCAGCAGAGACAUUUCAUAACAAAGCAGCGCCUGGGUGUGUUUAUUUCUCUUGCACGCUGACACUUGCUUUGCAAAGUCUGCUCAAGUGUGCAUGUGGGUGUCGUACCAGCAAGCUACCUCCAAAAUUGAAUAAAAAUACCAAAAUCUCCACAUUAUAGUGCACGAAACUGCUUUUGCCUUAGUUUUGAGUGACUUUGACCAAAGAACUGCAAAAUUAUUAUUUUUUUUAACAUUUAGUAUACUGACGUCAUUGUUUGAUUGAGUUGAAAAGCACAAACGUUAAAUGGAAAGUAGCUUUAUUAAGUUUAAAUAGUAGCCUUAUUAACGUGAAUAAAGCUACCUUCCAUUUAACGUUUGUGUUUUUUAACUGGAAUGGAAAAUAGCUUUAUGAGCGUUAAUAAAGCUACUUUUAACGUUCAUAAAGCUACUUUCCAUUAAAUGUUUGUGCUUUUUAACUAAAUCAAACAAUGAUGGUCAUUAUAUUGCCACAAAAUAAAAUGUUAAAAUUCAGUUGUGCCAAAAAUGAAAGACAUGUUGUGCAAAAUAAUGCAAAUAACUUACUUUCCCCAUUCACUCUUUUAUUUACAAAAUAAAAAGGACAUUAGAUUUAUGUCAUUACUUUUUUAUUAUUGUAACGUCAUUGCCUGUUCUUAAUUAUUAUUUAUAAUACUUCAAUGUAGUAUUAAUAUUACAUUUUAAAAAACCUGCUAGAUGCUAUGUGCAACCAGAAACGCACAACCGGAAUUGGAGGCUUAUUGCUGUUGCUGUAAACUUUUAAAUACUAAUAAUCAUAACAUGAAAAAAAAUUUUUAACAUUAUUGGCUUUUUUGGGGGGUCUUUGUGCAUACAGUCAGUUUAUGUAACACACAGAACCUGGCAAGUAAAUACUAUUUAUUAUCUAUUUAAUAUAAACACACAACCAGCCAUGGAGGUCAUCCUCGUUGUUGCUUGUAAAGAUUGACAUGUAGACCGAACAAUGACUGUACAUGCAAGCCGUGGCAUCGAGAAAGGCGUGGCUUAAACAGGAAAUUAAAGUCACGGCAAAGCAAAAGAACACAGGCCGACUGACGGCUUUCAAAGUAAUUUUUCGUUACUUUUCGUUCAGUGCGUUAGAAAUGUGAACUGUGUCUGAAUAUGUGCCAAGUUUAAUGAUGGAUAUUAAUCAUUGGCCGCACCCUGCUGGCCAUUGUCUGGUCCGCACAUCUGCUUAACAGGAUUUUGAUUCAAAGAAAUUGUGCGCCACAUCCUCUCGAAAACCUGACUUCUCUUCAUUUUCAGCCUGACCCCGAGCGUAAAAAAAAAAAAAAGGGUCAGCUAUGAGGAAAAAGUCGUCAUAUUACGAGAAUCGUUUUAAGGUCACAAGCAAAAGUGCUAAGGUUGCAAGGAAAAGUUGAGAAAAUAUUCGUAAACUACAUAAAAAUGUUAUGUCACGAGAAAAGUCUCAUGCGACAAGAAUAGUUGCGUGGAUAUGAGAAAAUAAUGUGUCAGGUUAUGAGAAUAAUGUUGUAUAGUCAUGAGAAAAAAGUCAAGGUUACAAAAAAGUCGAAAUGUUGAGAGAAAAGGAGUCGGAAGGUUCCAAGAAAAAAGUCAAAAGAGAAUAGUCAUGGUGUUGCGUGAUUAAGUGAAAAAAAGAUGGUAAUGUGAUUCCAGUCAAGUGGUAAUUUUGUGAUAACAGGUUGUAAUGUGACAAAAGUAGUGGCUAUUGGGGGGAAAAGUGUGAAGGUUACCAAAAAAAGAGUUUUUUACGAUUCAUUUUACGAUAUGUUAUGACAAAACAGUCCUGAGAAAACGUAAGGUUACGACAAUAGUUACUGUAUGUUGCAAAAAAAGGGUUUUUUUAUGUCGAAGAGGAGCCAGAAAGGCCAAAUGAACAUCAAUUUUACGAUAACGUUAUAAGGUGACAAGAAUAGUCAUCAUUUUAUGAGAGAACAGUUCUGUUACGAAAAAGAGUGGCAGCGUUAAGAGGAAAAAAAAGUUACGAGAAUCAACUUUUCCACUUAAAGUUACGUGACAAGAAUAGUGGUUUGGCUAUGAGGAAAACGUCAGGUUGUGAGAAUAAACUCGUAAGGUGAGGAGAAAAAAAGACGAUUGUCAUCAUGUUGCAAGAAAAGCUGGAUUGUUAUUUUUUCCAAAUGUCAUAUGAUUAUGAGAGAAAAAAAAAAGUCAAAUGUAAUUUUACAUAAAAGGAUUCCGAGAAAAAGGACGUAUUGCCACGCGAGUAAAAUCGUAACAUGAGAGAAAGCCAUAAUGUUCGGAGGAAGUUGCAAAAACGGAACGUAAGAUCCAUUUGAACGUGUCUUCCCGCCUUUUGAAGGGGGAGUGGUUGAGAUGCGUUCAGUGGUGGUUUGAAACCACGGACAGGAAUUACAGAUUGCACCCUGCUGGCCGUAGUUGGCCUGUGCAUAUGCCAAACAGGAUUUUGAUUAAAGAAAGCAGAAAACCUGACUUCAGCUUUGCCCUCUAGCCAAAACAAAAGGACCCCAUACAGAUGCUUAAACAUUUCAAGACCCGCACCAUUGGAGCUGAGGAAAUAAGCGAAUUUCCCUGUCAUGCGGGAAGAAUUAUUAUUCCCCCCGCCCCUGUCCCCUCCACUCCUUGGUAUCGUUGCAUGCUUCGUAAUUGGAUACAAUUUAACAGCAGCGGCCCACGGGCAUGUCGGCAGGCACGCGGCCUACUAUUAGCUGUCCUCGACUCGCCAGCCUAUCAUUUGUCAGAUCUCUGUUUGUGUGCUUCUGUAAGUGCGUGUGUGCGUGUGUGUGUGUGUGUGUGUGUGUGCGUGUGUGUAGCAGCAGAAACCCCAGCCAUUGUUGGAGUCCAGCCAUUGACGCACAGAGGAGGGAGGAGGGAGGGCAGGCGGAACGGCGACAGCGGCAACAAAACAAGGUGGAGCUUUGUCACCUCGCAGCCAUGGUGUGUCACGGGCCUGACGGCUGUUUGAGCGCCACCUGUUGUUUAUUACAGCCCGCCGUAUUUAUAGUGACGUGGUCUCCAGCACAACCGCCCCCGCAUCCCUCAUCACCGGCCGCUUUCGUUUUAAUGGCGAGAUCACAGGCGAACCGCCCGCACGCAAUGAUGUCUUCAAAGAGGAGCCCCUCACAUCAAAUAGUUCAAUUAGCUGCUUUGGCUGCAGGCUGUUUGCAUUGAACUCCGUGAGGAGCUGCCCUUUGCAAAGCUAGCAUAAUCACCUCCGACGUUACGCACAAAAAUGACGGCGUUAAAUUCGGCCAAGCAAAAAUUUACCCUCAACUGAAAAAUGACUACUGAGCCUCAGAGGCGAUAUGAUUUAUGUGCCAUGUAGCCACACAACUAGCCACAAAACUGCUAAGUUGUCCCCAUGACGACAAACAUCGAUAUAUUACGUCAAUGUUUUCAUGUCGACAAAAAUAACAAUGUCUUUUUUUUUGUCUCUAAAGAGGUCGUAACCUUCUGUGAGUAGAGUCGUCAUGUGACGAGGAUGAAUUUGUAUUAUGAAAGAAACGUUACGAUAAGAAAGUUACAAUAUUAACGCUACAAUCAUAAAAAUGUUCUGAGAAAAAAGUCGCAGGUUUACGAGAUAUGUAACGUUCGGGGGGAAAAAACGUUGCAAGGUUACAAGAAAAAAGUUCUGUUAUGAUGAAAGGUUGAAAGAUGACUGGAAUAAAAAGGCCUAAUAUUACUUGGAAAUAACGCUGUAAUGGACAGGAACACGUCAUAAGUUCAUUAGCAUAAACUCGUACGGUUAUGACAAAAACGUUAUGAGAAUAAUCACGUUGCAAGAAAAGUUUUAAUGUUAUUCAAAAUUCAAGUCAUAUGGUUGCGAGAAAAAGGCGUAAUGUUACGCAACUAAAAUCGUCAAAUUUGUCAUACAUGACGAGAAAAAAAACGACAAAGGUUACGAGAAUAGUCACGUAACGUUGCAAGACUCGUAAAAGAAUUGAAUAAUAGUCGUACAAUUACGAAAUAAAGUCCAAAUGUCACAGGAUGAAAGUUGUCGUGUUACGAGAAGAAUCUUGAGGUCAUGGGAGUAAAGUCGGAAUGUUUGAAAAAAAAAGUCGUAAAUUGAAAAUAAUAAAACAAUGUCCCGACUUUCCAGCUGGCAUAGGCUCCAGCACACCGCCGCAACCCUCGUGAGGACAAGCAGCAUGGAAAUCGAAUGAAUGUCCCGACUUUAUUCUUGUAAACCUACAAGCAAAAAGUCGCCAUGUUACGAGAAUAAAGUUGCAGCGCUAUCAGGGAAAAAAAAGUUGUGUGUUGGAAUGUUAUGGAUAUAAAAUUGUAUUUCUAUGCAAAUGAAGAAGUACCAUUGGAAGAAAAAUGUCGUAAUGUUACAAGUAUAGACUGGUUUUAUUCUUAUAGAAAACAUGUUUAAAUAAAGUCACCUAAAAAAAGUCGUAAUGUUAUCGAAAUAAAGUCGGAACACAUUUUCCUUCUUUUUAAUCAAAUUACUGAAUAGUAAUAAAGACACGUUUUUAAAAAAGCACAGUAACUAUUGUACAAAUUGGAAAUGUUGAUGAGGAGCAACAGGUUUCCGGGAGGUGAUGUCAUGAAACAACAACCAAUCACAACCAGUGGCGGAGCUACGGUGGCCACCCCUGGCCACUCUCCCGCCACCCCACGAGCCAUCUAGACAUUUCAGGUAUCAACUCAUUGCCGCCCUUGUGUGAGUAAUGGUCUCACCUUGGCCACCCCAAUGACAAAUUUUUGGCUCCGCCACUGAUUAAAACGAUCCAAUUAUCAGUAUUAUCAUCAUUAUCGUCAUUAUUAUUAUUAUUAUUAUAAUGAGGACAUGCGAUUGUGUGACGUCGGCGUGUGUCCUGCUU